AUGAGAGAGGAAACAUUCACAUUUGAACUACCCGAUAUGCCAAUGAAUAAUAUACGUGCAACAGAUUCAAAUGUCGAUGAUUUAUCGAUUUUGAUGACCAACAUUGACGAAUAUAGUGAUGAAAUUAUAAUUCCAAAUGGGUUUAAAAGAAAAGCAAGAAACUCACCGAAACGAACCCGAAGAAAAAUUAAUACUAAUUUGUUUAAACGUCGCCUUCGACGAAUAAUUAAACGCAAACCACUACCACUAUAUCAUGAAUAUAGUGUAACGAACGGCUCUUAUUCGAACAGUUUUGAAGAAUUGUAUGUUUGGUUACUUUCAGUGCUUCAUGAUGGAUUUGUCGUUGCUCUUAAAGACAUUGCAAAACAAUAUGAAGAUAUUCUUAAUCGACAUCAAGAAAAAAUUACCCUGCAUAUGCUUCGAACAACUUCAAUUCGUGAUCGCCUAAUGAAUAAAUUUGGCGACAGACUAUAUUUUGAUAAAUUAAGCAAUUGUGAGGGGGUUCAUGUUGCAUUAGCCGAUGUUUCAUGUUAUGUUCGUACUGCACUAUCUAAAACUAAUGUGUGGCAUCGACCAACUAUGCUUGAAAGCAGUAAUAAAAGAGAACUUGGUGAAAAAGUUUUCGAAGUAAUUGAAUCGCUUCGAGAUUCAAUGAAGAAACAUAUGGAAAUGUUUCAACCAUUGAUGGAAAGUACUUCACAGUUAAUAAAUUUCAAUGCCAAUCUCUUUUGGGACUGUGUUCCUGUUAUGUUAAAAAAUUUUAUUGGUACAUUAACUUUAAGCGAAAAUUCAUUUAUUGAUUUUAAAACAAAUUUUUAUUUUUAUGAUCUUAUUGACAAAGACGUUUAUAUGAAAUCAUCAAAAUCGCUGAAGAUUUCUUCAUGUUGCUAUGAUCUAAUGUUCAUACAAAAUAAGAGAAUAAUUACACCGAAGCAUUGCAAGUAG